AUGAAGGCUGACUUCAAGAGAAGUCAGAAAGAGAUGAAGAAUCUUAUCAUGGAUCAAAUUGCGACCGUGAUAAGUUUGUUACAGAAGCAGCCUUCGGAGCCGACACAACCAUCAGGGCCGGCACAGCAAUCAGACCCCACACCAUCAGACACGGCAGAGCCAUUACAGACGGUACAUCCAUCACCGCCGACAUAUGAUGAUGAUGAUGAUGUCUACCCAGAAGAUUGGCAACCUGACGCAUGUGACGUUCCUUCUACUCCUGCAAACGCCAUUGUCAUUUCGGCAGGUGAUGCGAGAUCUCAGGAUGUGGAAGAGUUGCAGGGGCCACCAGAUGGAGUGGAGUUCUGUAGGCUUAGGCGAAAGCGCAAGCCGGUUUUCUUGAAUGACUACACUGCUGGGAAGAAGAAACAACGACAUGGGCCCGUGGUAGUAGACACCCUGAAACCGGCGGACGCCCGGCUGUUAAAAUUUUUCCAGAAGUGGAUCACUUAUGCUAGGGACAAUGGCCGUCCUAGGGAUGUUCACACUGGCGAAGCCACUAGAUCGUGGUUCGUGAAGUUGAUGGUGCUGAACGAAUGGCUCGAAGAUGAUCAAAUUGAUGCCAUGGCGCACUUGUUGAGAAGAAGACGGACCCUGUACCCAGAAGUCUACACCCGAAAAGGUGUAGUUUUGGACACAUCUGCUCCACAGUUCUUUUCCAUGUUUUGGAAUAUGUGUGAGGGUGACAGGAGCAAGAUGAAAUGGGAUGAGAGCGUCAUGAGUUACGUGCAGGGGAUACCGCACAGAUACUUGCCAUGUUGGGAGAAGCAGGAGUACAUAUACUUUGUGUUGCACCUUCCCAAAGAGCGCCACUGGGUGGCAGUUGAGGUGGAUAUCGAGAACUGGGAGAUCAUUGUAUAUGAUUCUGAUAUCGGUGCCACCGUUGAGGCAGCCAUGGAGUCAUAUUUGAAGCCUUACAGCGAGCUCUUUGCAAAUCUAAUUCGAGAUAGCGGUUAUUUCCAAUACAAUAAUUAUGUACAUCCGGUGGAGUUGGGCGAUCUCAGUCAGCUCCUACCCCUCCAUUAUAGACGAGCUACCUCGGAGGUUGUACCACAAACGAACAGCAGUGGCAAUUGUGGAAUGUAUGCCAUGGAGCACAUUGAGCACUUGAUGCUGGAUCGGUCGUUGGAGCAUGUGCAUGAUGAUAACAUGCUCACCUUUAGACAUAGGUGGUGUGUGGACCUAUUUUACCAGAACUUAACGUGGUAGUUUUUUGUAGGUUUUUGCAAUGUUAAUCUUGUACACAUAAACUCCCCUUUUGUAAUUGUAUUAUAAUCUCACCAAAUUUAUAUAUAACAAGUAAAUUUAAAGCUA